UCAGCCAUUUCUCUCGCGAAGCGUAGCAACGCGUUCGAGUUGGCGACGUGUGUUUUUUCAACGGUAGAACGUGCGGGUAUUCCCGGAAGUUUUGCAAAAUAACGCGACGCAAAAGGAUGAUACACUCCGGGCGGACCAGGCUCGAGGGGAGUACAUAUCAAUGGGAAGAAAAUUAUGGAUGGGAUCGUACACGUGAAGAGAAUAUCAGAAAGCAUGACGUCACCGACGAUACAUUGGGAUGUGUUUUAGAAAAAAGUAAUUCGAGUGGGAGUGGGAGUAGGAGGAGGGGGUCAGAUUGGCCAAGGUGUUCAACCGGUCGACGAGUCUGGAACCGGAAGUCAAUGGUGGAGACAGCAGCAUCCAUCCUAUCAUUAUCACCAUUAUCAUCAUCAGGGUGGUUAUUGCACAUCGCAAUCGCAUGCUCACAACAACCCUGUCACUACCAUGAAGCAAUCCUACGUGCAGCUAACGUGGGUAUUUCACGACGACGAGGCGCAGAUUAACAAGAAACUGCCAAAGGAAUUGUUAUUAAGGAUUCUCUCGUAUCUUGAUGUGAUAUCCUUAUGCCGAUGUGCCCAAGUAAGUAAGGCAUGGAACGUAUUAGCCCUCGACGGUUCCAACUGGCAAAGGAUCGACCUAUUCGAUUUUCAACGAGACGUAGAGGAAUCGGUAAUACGCAACAUCUCGAGCCGUUGCGGUGGAUUCCUUAGACAAUUGUCUCUGAGAGGAUGCCAAAGUAUCGAGGACAUAUCCAUGCAAGCAUUAGCCGAAUCUUGUCCCAACAUCGAGGAACUUAAUCUGAGUCAGUGCAAGAAAAUCUCGGAUACAACUUGUGCGGCCCUUAGUACACACUGUCGAAAGCUUCAACGAUUAAAUCUGGAUUCCUGUCCCGAAAUAACAGAUCUUUCGCUGAAAGAUCUCUCUGAUGGUUGUUUAUUCCUAACUCACAUCAAUCUGUCGUGGUGCGAGUUGCUUACCGACAAUGGAGUCGAAGCUUUAGCAAGGGGCUGUAGAGAAUUGCGUAGUUUUCUAAGCAAGGGCUGUCGUCAGUUGACUGACAGAGGUGUCAAAUGUUUGGCACGGUAUUGUCAAAAUCUCGAAGUCAUCAACCUACAUGAAUGCAGGAAUAUAACCGACGACGCGGUGAGAGAACUAGGUGAACAGUGUUCAAGACUGCAUUACGUUUGUAUAUCGAAUUGUCCUAAUUUAACGGAUUCGUCUCUCGUCACUUUGGCUCAACACUGUCCGCUUCUUAGUAUUCUCGAGUGCGUUGCCUGCACGCGUUUCACGGAUGCAGGCUUUCAAGCUCUCGCGAGAAAUUGCAGACUACUCGAAAAGAUGGACCUCGAAGAGUGCCUUUUAAUAACAGAUGCCACCCUUAUACACCUGGCCAUGGGCUGUCCGAGAUUGGAGAAGCUGAGUCUGUCCCAUUGCGAGCUGAUUACCGACGAAGGGAUUCGGCAGCUUGCUCUUUCACCGUGUGCCGCUGAACACCUAGCGGUAUUAGAGCUGGAUAAUUGCCCUCUCAUCACGGACGCCAGUCUCGAUCAUCUUUUACAGGCCUGCCACAAUCUCGAACGAAUCGAGCUCUACGACUGUCAACUGAUCACUAGAGCUGGCAUACGUAGGCUCAGAACACACUUGCCGAAUAUCAAAGUCCACGCAUAUUUUGCACCGGUCACGCCACCUCCUAAUUCGGGAACACCUCGACAACGAUAUUGUCGAUGCUGUGUCAUUCUGUGAUUUAACAUACAAAUGACACUGAAGUAAAUCGUCCGAUCUACUCCACGAAGAAACGUGGACUUUUUGUCGGUGGUCGCUGUCACGUUUAACGGCGAUUAUGGGACCUCUUUUGUGGUUACCAGAACAGGAAUCCUGGUUGCCUACCGUCGACAGUGAGUGUGAGACUCACUGUCAAUUUGUAAAUGACAAUUUCAAACGUUGAAACAAAUUCGAGCUCCACACGCAACGAGAGUACAGUACGUUACCAUCGUCGUCACCACAGUCACUGCUGCAAACUGCAACUACUACUAUUACUAUUAACCGCUACUACUGCUGUUACUCCUAAUCGCUCUUAUCGCUAUUAUUUCGCGUUAUACUCUUGUUUUCUCGAUAGUACCAUGCAUCCCUUCUUAUCGCAUUGUCACGUUGCAGAGACAGUCCGAGAAGGAAAGAAAUCUUUGGGUUUCGUUAAUAACGAAUCUUAUCUGUGACACUAGCCUAUCUUCGUUCGCAAGUUUGUCCUUUUUCUAUCGAAAUCUUUCACGUCGUAGAAACGAUUUUUUGUCUUUUUUCUUUCUUUUUCAACUUCGAACAUUGCCACGUUAUAAAGCGAAGUAAACGCUGAACGAAAUGUAGAGUCGUUACAAAAUAACAUACUUUUAAUUUAAUUUACCAUCCGAUUUAAUGGAAACGUACGUCCUGUAGCAGUUUCUUGACGAACACUGCCUCUAAUGCUAUUGAUAUAUAUAUAUAAAAAAACAAAAAAAAAACAAGAAAAGAAAAGAAAAACCAAAAAAAAAAAGAACAAAAAUUACGAGAUAGAAACUCGACUUUGUAAAGUUGUAGAAUUUAGUUCUCUGACGUAGGAUGAGAAAAACCGUCGUGUCUUUGAUGGAAUACGUUUCACCGGUCCAUCCAUGAAACUAUGACGGUACCUACGGGUUUCUUUCCUUUCAAGAGGACGCAUGUCGCGAACUCGACUCUGCGCACAACGUCUUUCAAAAACUCGUUUAAGCGCAAUCGUUUACUUGAUCGAGGAAUACCGGAGUAUCGUCUUUCAAACUUGUACAACUACCAGCGUUAACGGUAGCGAAUGUUAAGAUGCAUUUUAUAUUGAUUUACGAGCAAACGAUAUAUAUAUAUACACAUACACGUACACACAUAAACAUACAUAUAUAUAUAUUCCGCUCGCGAGUCGUAAUUUUGAGUCCCAAGCGUACUACUACUUCUCCUCGACGGUCCAGGCAUCUUCAUUGUCUUUUUUUUUUUUUUCUAGUUUUUUAAUUGUCUUUUUUUUUCUUUUUUUUUUUGCUUUCAUUCUUUUUUCCUUUUUUUUUUUUUUAAUCUUAUUCAAAUAACUCGUCAUGGACUAGGAGAGCACAGACUGAAAAAAAAAAAUACGAAUCAAAGCGUUUAACGCGUCAAACGGAUUAACUUUUGUGUCCAGCUGUCGACGCUGGGUCUUUUGACUUUUUAAGCUUAGGUUACGGAACGAUGACAGUACGAUUAUAAUAUGUACGUUGCGGAUAUGUAUCGAAAUCGAUGAUUUUUGUUUGUACAGACGACUCGAAGUGUCGCCGACGAUCUACAACAAGAAAAUUUUUGCUUUCCUUGAUACUCCGAUGCAAUACCAUUUACGCGAAAUAAUAAUAAUCUCUUCGCAUGUUCGAUAUGGUGAAUUUAAAGAGAAACGAUUAUAUAUAUAUAAGAAUGUAUGCUACUAAAAUUUAAUUUCGUUUAAAUGUCGUGAAACGUUAUAUUAGAUUCGAAUAUCCGCUCUUAUAAAAGUUCUCAUGACGGAACGUUUGAGCACGAUUCGUUUGAUCGCAGGAUAAAUUUAAACAUGAUCGAGAAAAUUAUUCUCGCAAAGAAAUAUUUUCGCGCGUUCGAUAGCGGCACUCGACGAAAAAUUUUAAUAAAAUACAAUCAAGUGGGUCCGACCACGCGUGCAAUAUUAUUAUUAUUGUUGUUGUUGUUGUUGUUGUUAUAAUUAUUUUUAUUAUUAUUAUUAUAAUUAUGAUUAUUAUCAUUAUUAUCGUUACCAUAUGCACCACUUGAUGAAUUGGUUUCUUUUAUUUUUCUAUUUUUUUUUUCUUCCUCUUUUAUAUUGCUUCUCUUAAUUUUAGAACAAAAAAAAAUAAUAGAGAAGAAUCGCGUUGUGUCGUUCGUGCGUACUCGACCAUGUAAAUGCCAUCGUGUGUGUCGUUGCGUCAAAGUUGCGAUUGUUAAUCCUCUGAUUAGGAUGUAAGAGCGUCGUACUGCAUAUAUUUAAUAUAGCGUGUAAAAGAUUAAUGAAUGAAAACAACUAGAAUUAACACAAAAAAAAAGGAAAUAAAAAACAGUAAAUGAAGGAUAAAUAUACUUAUACAUAUAUAUAUGUGUGUGUGUGUGUAUACAUAUAUAUAUAUAUAUAUGUAUGUAUGUAUAUGAGAUAUGUUUUAUACGCUGCAUGUCAUCUUUAGGAAACUAAUGUGAUCAUCGUAAUGUCUCGUUCUAAGGGUUGAGUUUACGAUUAAGCGAAUAUUUCAUUGCCGAUCUAAGGCAAUAAUGUUUGUACGUUCACGUUAUACUACCGACAAGCCUCAAAGGUUUCCCAUUUCUCGCUCAAAUGUCUUUCGUAUUAUAAUAUAUUUUGUAGAAUUAUAUGAUCGAAAAUAAGCUCUCAAAAAGCUCUGAAAUGAUCUAGAACGAAGUACAAAUAUAUUAUCUACGUAUGAAUUCAAUUAACUAACAUUGAAUGAUGCGUCGACAUGAUGAAGAUAUAAUUAUUGUUUCAAUUAACAGAGAAGACAUUGUACUAUAUAUUUAUCAAUAAUGAAGAGAAUACAAACCUGCAGAAGUCUGUCGGUACUUCGAAUCGGUCGUGUGUGUAACUGGAAUCGAUACGGGAUAAUUCGCGAAACCGCCUGAAUUUUGAUGAAACAAAAAGAAGAAAAAUCAUAGACGGUCGUCUUGAACCGUUUUAUCCUAAUAAUCGCAAACAUCACACCGUUCAAUCAUGUUGUAACGAUAUUAAUGAAACAAAAAUGAGAAGCAUCAUGAAUAUAAUAGAAGUCGAGUGAUCGAGCAAGUGUUUGGCUGUGCAGUAGUAUAGGAAGAAAAUGAAAAAAAAAAAAUGAAUAUGAAAAAGCGUAAUAGAAACAAUGAGUGAGAUAUAGAAAAAAAGAAAAUUAGAAGAAAGCGAGAGAGGGAGAGAGAGAGAGAGAGAAAGAGAGAGAGAGAGUGAGGAUGCGAAAGUAAGAGAAUAAGAUUCAGAUGUUAUUCGAAGAUCAGUGAAAGUAUUCCUAUAUCUGUUUGCCCAAUCGUCAUUCUUAUUCUCAGGAACGCGUUUUUAUGUCCUUGAAAGGACUUCGCCGUCACGCGAUACAGGAUCAUCGUGUCUGUCGAGAAUGUCCAUAGGGAAAAGGGUUAAACGGGAAAAAAAAUAAAUUGUAUGAAACAGAAUGGUCUACACGUGUCGGCCUACACGUGCCUCCCGAAAAAUUCCCGAUUUAUAAUUGUCGAUGGAAAAUCGACUUUAUCGAGAGGACGUCAUUCAAACAGAUCCGCGUACGAAUACUGUAGCUGAUUAUAUUGACACUUUGCUGCUUUGAUGAGCUGCAGUCUACCAUGUAUAUAUUUUCAUUAAUGUAUGUAUAAUAAAAUAUAUUCGAGAUAA